CGACAACUUACACUCAAUACACAAACAGUUGUUAUCAAAAACUUGUAUUUUUUAACUUUUUUAUGAAUAACUUUUAAUUUGAAGCGAAAAGUGUAUUAAUUAUUUUUAGUAAAACAAAUGAUUGAAUUAAGAAAACCAAAGGUAAUAGUAGUGGACAUCGAGGGCACCACCACUUCCAUCACUUUUGUCAAAGAGUUUCUCUUCCCUUAUGUGACCGCAAAUAUAAGCAAUUAUUUGCGUAAAAACUGGAAUGAGAGGUCUUUACGAGAAGACAUCGAUUUGUUGCGCAAACAAUCGAUGGCUGAUCUCGAGAUGGGAACCAUUGAUGUGCCCGUUGUUAGUGAAGAUGUGGACAAUAGUGAAGCCGUUAUCCGUUCAGUCAUUGAUAACGUGUUGUGGCAAAUGAGUGCCGAUCGCAAGACUACGGCUUUAAAGCAAUUUCAGGGAAAUGUUUGGCGCUUUGGCUACGAAUGCGGACAUAUUAAAGGACACGUUUAUAACGAUGUGCCCAAAGCUAUCAAUCAAUGGACGCAAGAAUUAGGCCUCAAAUUAUGCAUAUAUUCUUCGGGAAGUGUUUUGGCGCAGAAACUUCUUUUCUCGCAUUCAGUUUUUGGAGAUUUAACACAUUUAAUUGACAACUUUUUUGAUACAACUAUUGGACCGAAGUUAGAGUCAAAGAGUUAUUCACAAAUCGCCAGUAUUUGUGAUGUGAAUCCCGAAGAUAUUGUUUUCAUUACCGAUUCGGCUAAAGAAGCGUUUGCGGCCAAAGAGGCCUCAAUUGUUGCCAUCCUUUCCAUCAGAGAAGGAACAGAAGUGUUAACCGAAGACACUGAAACCACUGCUGAAGACAUGCCUUUGGAGGACAACAAGCCGUCGGAGUCGGGACUGACGGCAUCGGCGGACACACCUCAUGAGUUGGAGUCACAGUUCAUACUAAGGCUGCCAUCUCUGGCCGCCGCCAGUCUUCGAGCGGCCGUCAAAUCAGGUGUGAUGAAUCUGAAGGAGAGGCUAACCGUGCAAAUAGAGCCGGACAUACGUCGGGGAACCGUUCGCUUCGAUGGUUGGGUAUUACCGGCGAAGAUAAUGGAUUUGCCGACUAUUAUAGAGUCACACAAAACACUGGACGGAAAGAACUUCUAUAAGACGGCAGACAUUUGCCAACUGAUGGUCUGUCGCGAAGACACCGACGACUCGACCGCCGCUGCACUCAAGACCGACGACACGGCCGACGAUCACAACAGCCGUCGCAACAAAGACGGAAAGGACAAGAAGUUCUUAUACCCGCACGGAAUCACUCCUCCCCUGAAGAAUGUGCGCAAAAAGCGGUUCCGAAAGACACUGAAGAAGAAAUACGUGGACUUUCCGGAGAUCGAGAAAGAGGUGAAGCGUUUGUUCCGUACGGAUAACGAGGCGAAGAGUGUUCGCUACGAAGUGGUGAACGCCGACGAAGAACUCAAAGCAGAUUUGGCCAAAUCUAGUGGCGCUCUCUCGCCGUCGGCCAACACCGGCGGCAACAGCGGUGGCGCCGGCUUUGAUGUCGCGGAACACGACAUCUUCGGCGAUGUGGUCAGCAGUAGUGACGAAGACGACACUCGAGUCCCCGAUUCUGGUGACGACAGUCGUAUGUCUUCGAGCAUUAGAGACGCCCUAAUGAAGGACAGGAGUUCUCCCGACAAAUACGUGACUGAGUUUUCCAAAGGAAUGCUGUCAGACAUGCCGUCCGAUGGGAUGGCGUCGACGUCGAGCGCCAGUCAUUACAACUACGACAUGGAAGCGAUGGAGUCGUCGAGUGCUGUGGACGCGAUGGGCGCCGCUCUGGAAGAAGACACGGCGGCCACCAGUGCUCUGGAGAGGGGCGCAGAAAACGAUCAGUUGUGGGAGAAGUUGAAUGAAAUUGAGGCCGAAAUACAAAGCCUUCAGUCGCAGCGUCUGAACCAACAGAUGGAAAUGGAUAACAUCGAGAACAUGGCUCUCAAACAGCGCUUCCAAUCGCAGAUCAAUGAACUCAAGGCUCAGGAGGGCUCCAAACGGCGCGAAUUCGACGAAUUACAGGCACUUCUCUCAUCUCAAUAACGAUAUCACACUUUGAUUUCAUUUUGUAAAAUAUUUUUAUUUAAAUCAUAUAAAUAUUGUUUGAAUUCAAAGAUUCAUUACAACUGUUUUAUAAGUAAUAUUAAUUACACGAA